CAAAGCUGCAACUCAUCCAAGUCUACCUACAACCACAUCAACCAUGUUUUCAGUCACAGUCUCGAACAUUUCUCCAAGCACCACUCGGGAGAAGCUUCAUGAAUUUUUUAGCAUCAAGUCAAUUGAUCUCAAAUCUGAGGGGGAGACAACACAAUCCGCAGUUGUCACUUUUGAGAAACCUUCGUCUGCAGGUACAGCGCUCAUGCUCAAUGGCGGUACUCUAGACGGUGAACAACUCAACAUCACCUCCGACGUCGAACACCACAAUCAUCAGGAGCAACCGCAUCACUCAAGCUCACCUUUCGAACAGUCAGACAAGCCUAGAGCUGGAAUUGCUGCCGAAUAUUUGGCAAAGGGCUACUCACUUUCCGACCACAUCUUGCAGCGAGCCAUCGAAAUUGACAACAAGCAGGGGAUUUCCAAACGGUUUUUAGAUUAUAUGCGCGGCCUCGAUACAACAGUCGGACAGAAAGCUCUCGGUUCCGACCAAACAGUAUCCGGCAGAGUGCAAUCAACGCUGCAGAAUGCCCGUACCAGGGCAAAGACCAUCGACGAACAGAAAGGUUAUUCCAAGGUUGCCCACGAGUACUACUCAAAGGCGAUCUCAUCUCCAUUUGGAAAGUCUGUCCUCGAAUUUUACACUAAUACUUCAAAGCAAGUUCGCGACAUUCAUGAAGAGGCUCGUCGUAUGGCCGACCAACAUCCAGUUACGAGUUCAUCUGCGGCCAAUACCAGUGGCACACAUGCCACCAGUACCGGUACGGCCGGACCUGGCGCAGAACCUGAUCUCGCCACCCAAGCCUCUCCUACCGUUGUUUGAAGGCUAUCGUGAUACGCAAGGAGCAAGAGUUGGUGUCGAUGUCCUGUCUGACUAUAGGACAACACAUUACAUCACACUACGUGUUUUCAAUGACUGAAACCCCUGUAAUCAUUUCUUUGUACCAUAUGAUCUGGCUGCCUUUUCCUAUAGGUAGGAAAGUCUGAUAUAUACUAUCACGAGCAUCGGCAAUGCCAACACUUGUAGCGCUGUUCCUGGCUUUUUCACUAUUUCAACUGUCAUGCCGUUCAAAGGAAAUGUAUCUUUUUGGUCGUCAGUGUGCUAAUUCGGCGGCGGGUUGCAGUAGCCAGGUAGUUGUGGUAUGCGCUUAUGAUGGCUAGAUUCAUAUCUAAUGAACAAUGAACGGCAUCACCGCAGUUCGGGAUCAUGUGUCACGACUGCAGAAG